GCUCAACUUUGACUCACCACAAGUUUUAGAAAAAACCGAUACCAAACCGAAUACAUCCAUCCAUCAAUCGAUUAUCGGUUCACGUUCAUUGUAUCAAUCAAUCAAAAGAAAAUUCAUAAACACAUCGAUCAGUUCAACAAACUUUUUUCUGAAUCGUCUUUGAAUUUCAUACAAAAAAAAUGAGACCAAUCCUACUUUCAGGUCACGAAAGAUCUUUAACACAAGUGAAAUACAAUCGAGAAGGAGAUCUAUUGUUUUCGUGUUCAAAAGACCAUAUAAUAAACGUUUGGUAUACACAUAAUGGAGAAAGACUUGGAACAUAUAAUGGACAUAAUGGAACGGUUUGGUCUGUAGAUGUAGAUUCUAAAUCAGAGUAUCUUGUUUCUGGAUCGGCUGAUAAUUCAAUGAGACUUUGGAGAGUAGCUACAGGUGAAUGUUUGAAAGCUUGGGAAUUUCCAACAGCUGUCAAACGAGUGUCUUGGAGUGAAGAUGAUUCGAAAGUGACAUUAGUGACUGAACAACGAAUGGGUCACCAGGGUGCAGUACGAGUCUUUGAAAUCACACGUGAUGGAAGUCCACAGUCCGAUGAGCCUACUUUGAUGUUCAGUCCGGUUGGAUCAAAAGCUAUGGUAGUUGCUUUCUCAUUCCUAGAUAAAUAUCUUAUCACAGGACAUGAGAAUGGAAAGGUAGCCUUAUGGGAUGCUGAGAGUGGUGAAGAGGUGAUUUCGAGAGAAAAGAAUCAUUUGGGAUUGAUCACGGAUUUACAACUUAGUGCUGAUCGUACAUAUUUCGUCACGAGUUCUAAAGACAAAAGUGCAAGGCUUUACAAUACUCGAACGCUCGAUUUGAUUAAAACUUAUCAAGAUCCACAAACCCCAUUGAACAGUGUAGCUUUGAUCCCAGGUAAACCGUAUUUAUUGGUAGGUGGAGGUCAAGAAGCUAUGGCCGUGACGACAACAUCGGCUAGACAAGGACAUUUUGAGAUCCGAAUGUGGCAUCGAGUUUUCGAAGAAGAAGUCUCAAGGAUCAAAGGAGGCUUCGGUCCUUGUAAUUCGAUUGCUGUUCAUCCUCAAGGAAAAGGUUAUGCGAUUGGUGGAGAAGAUGGAUAUGUUAGAUUACAUCAAUUUGAUGAUACUACAUUCCGAUCAAAACCUUACGGACAUGAAACUGAACCAGCGCAAAUUGAUUGAUUGAUUGAUUGAAUGGAAGAAUGGAAGAAUAGAAGAUAUGAAAGUCUUUUUGAUCGGAUUUCAAUCUUCACAUCUGUACUUAGUCUGUGAAUCAAAAAGCUAGAUACUAAAUCCAAUCUAUUAUAACUCAAUAGAAUCUAGACCUUGAAAAUUGAUCGAUUUCUUAAAACGUGAAAUCGGU